AUGUCCUACUCACAUCCUACCGGAAGACGGACGACAGCCAACACACCUCGACCUCCACUCACUCCUAAUCCCUCUUUUCUCACACCCGUACAAGAAGCUCGUAUUCUCUCAUGGCGUCAAACGACAUCAGGUUCACCACCACCCAACGAAGCAGCCGUUCCAAAGACCAAGCCAAAGGUCAAAUCAGCACCAGCAUCUAUUCAACAAUCCCAAACACUAUCACAAUCUCAUUCGUCCAACUCUUCAUGCCCAGUUCACGGUCCUUGUUCCUGCAACACUCCGCAUCGAUCAAAUGGGAAGAAAGUUCGAGGCUAUUAUUCACGCAAGAAGUCAACUGCCCCUUCGAGCACAGAUACGCCAUUGUUGACUCCAGUAGACGGUAGUCCCAAGUUGAACAACACCAACAUGGGUCCUGUACCAGAUGUCAAAGGCCUUCCUUCUCCACAACAAGUACAGGCUUAUCGAACGGGAUUACCAUCACAGAUUCAACCUAGCGAAACACCUGCCCUUCCUAUCCCAGUCAGACAACAGGCUAUGCCAGUGUUGAAACAGGAUCAACCUAGGAUAGUAGGUUCGAGAGAUCCUAUCUCGCAGAAUUACUGGAAACAGAUGUUUCCUCCUGUCGGUGGACCAGCGGGCGUCAAUGCAGGGACACCAUACAUGUUGCCAAUGUUCGGCAUGCGUCCUUGGGGUUACUAG